AGUAAAUAUUUCUGCUAUGAGGGGAGGAGUUACCAUGUGCAUCGGUUGAUUAAAUUCCAGUGUCUACAAAUAAAAAAUUGAAAAUUUCACUUAUUCUCUUGAUUUUGUGUAUGAAAUCGAUUUGUAGAACACUGAGAUGAUAAUAUUUACGAUGCAUAUCAGAAUAAAUCAGAACUGGUGCGCUCUGGUGUCAUAUGUUUAUAGUCAACACAUGAACAAUUUAAAGAGAUGCAUUUCUGUAGCAAUUUAAGUAUUAUUUAUAUUACACCUAUACAAACAUGAGUAUUAAGGCUUUUGACCUGGUGCCUGCAGUUGAACGUGUGUGUUGGACUGAGAAAGUCAAAACAGUGAUUGAGUGUUUGGAAAGUUGUGGCAAAAAUUUAUAUGUCGGAACCCAAGAAUGCUUUGUGAUCCAUUAUUUAUUAGAAGAAAAAACAUUCCAAGGUGGGAACGUGAUAUUUGAUUGCACCAAACAGAACCAAAAAUAUUUUGAUUUGAAAAAACCCAUCAUCCUGUUGAAAGCAAUUUCUGCCCUCAACCGAAUUUUAGCUCUUUGCGAUGGAACCAUGCUGGUGCUCAGUAUGUUCGACCUUGAGAUGAUUCCAACUAUGUCUAAAACAAAAAAUGUGUCAUUUUUUUGCCUGAAUGAAAAUCCAGACACCAAUAAUCCUUUCAGUGUUGAGGUUUGCAUAGCAAAAAGAAAGCAACUGAUCAUCUGUCAUGUAACUGAUGAUAAAAUUAUUCCCAUUCGAGACAUCAAUGUGCCUGAACCUCCCCUCAUGAUGGCCAUGGAUGGGCAAUUUGUAUGCAUCGCUUUGUCCACCAAAUACAUGGUGUUGGAUACAGAGAAUGGGAAUGCUCAAGAGCUUUUUCCUUAUGACAGCACCACCACCUCCCCUCUAGUCAAAAGAAUAACUCGGGAGGAGUUUCUCCUAGGUGGGCCCAGUGCCCUGGGCAUGUUUGUCACGACCGCCGGCAUUUCUGAGAGGCCACCCCUGCAGUGGGGGGAGGAUGUAGUUUCAGCGGCCUACUCCCACCCCUAUGUGAUAGUCCUCUGCCCAGACUGCCUCACUGUUUACAGCAUACUGGAUCAGCAACCGAAGCAGCGUGUCACUUUUCACGGCGGCAAUUUUCUGGACAACUUCGAUGGCAGGACCUACAUCGCAUCUUCAGACAUGGUCUGUGCUUUUCUGCCUGUCCCUUGGGAGAAUCAGGUUCAAGCUUUAUUGGCUGAGAAGAAGGUACCUGAAGCUCUUGAAUUGGCAAAGUACUCCAACAAGGCUGGCCUAUCCAGGGAACAUCAUAAAAAUAUUCUUCAACGUAUCUAUCAGCAGGCAGGUUUCAUCGAAUUUUCUUUUCUCCAUUUUGAUGAAGCUGCAGAAUUAUUUCAUGAAGGAGAGUUGGAUGUGCGAGAGUUGAUAAGCCUUUUCCCGGAUCUGCUUCCUUCGAAUUCCUCCUUCAUCCGCCUCAACCCACCUCUACACGACAUUGCGAAUGUGGAGGAGAUGUGUUCCUCUGAUCCAGAGUCUGUGCUCGCCUGCAGAAAGUUCCUGAUGCAGUAUUUGGAGUCGACGAGGAACUCUCCGGACUCGGUCGGGUGUAAACUGGAAGUAGACACAGCCCUUCUGAAGUUGUAUGCCGCCCUGGAUUACCCUGCCCUCCUGUCGCUAUUGGGCAGCUCUGACCUGGGCUGCCAACCCAGGGAGGGCGUGGACAUCCUGUCUCACUACGAGAGGUAUCAUGCCCUGGCCCUUUUUCACCUGAAGCUUGGUGAGACUGAUCAGGCCCUGGCUGUAUGGUCCAAACUUAUUGCUCAAGAGUACAGUGAUUCUACCUUUCCGGGACUCUCAUAUUUCGUCGAUUUUUUAUGCAACCUCAGUGAUCACUUUUUAUUGUGGAAAUAUGUUGAUUUUGUCCUGGAAAGAGAUCAAGAGCUUGGUGUAAAGAUUUUCAUCGAUCGGCCCGCAAAAGAGCCAACUUCUGAACGCUUGCGGCCAGAUUCUGUUGCAGAAUACCUCCAUAGAUAUCCCAUGGCAUUGAUGAGAUAUCUGGAAUAUCUAGUGUUCAACAAAAAAAUAGAAAAAGAAAAAUUUCACACACACCUUGCAGUGAUGUACAUGGAUUCUGUACUCAACAUAUUGAAACUCCCCGAACCCGAACAGAACGGCCUGAGUGAAGAAAGACAGAAGCUUCAACUCCUCCUCCACAACUCAUCACUAUACCGAGUGCAGCUGCUGUUGGGAAAAGCAUCCGAGAGCAGACUCCACAAAGAGUGUGCCAUCCUCUACGGAAAGCUUGAAGAGCACGAAAAGGCGCUAAGGAUUCUGGUGCAUCAGCUUCAAGAUCACGACUCUGCAGAAGAUUACUGUUUGCGCAUGUCUGCAGGAAAAGACAAAAAGUAUCGACAUCGACUCUUCUAUGCCCUCUUAGCAGUUUAUUUGGAUGACACGUUAGAAGAACAGAAAAGAGAAGAAAUGCUGCCAGCUGCUAUCCAGCUACUUAACAGUGAGUUAGCUGAAUUCGAUGUAACGAAGGUAUUGCAGCUGAUCCCAUCCCACUGGUCAGUGGCCAUUCUGGACCAAUUCCUCACUCGUUCCUUGCGUUCCUCUCUCCACAGGCGGCGACGCUGCAGGUUACGCAGCGCCCUCUCGCGGGGAGAAAACUUGCACGUCAAGUUUGCCAAGAUACACAUCGAGAGCACUCACGUCCUUCUCACGGAAGACAGAGUGUGUGCCAUCUGCAAGCAUUCCUUCGUGGAGCCGGCCUUCGCGAGACACUGCGACUCUACCCUGACUCAUCCAUACUGCGCGAAACACGCGGGACAGAUAUCCGAAUCCACGAGCAACGUCAGGUGAUGAAUGUUUGUCUAGUAAAAAUAAAACCACAUUCCUUAUGUGCAAUCUUUAUAUUGGCAGAUCUCUGCCCCCACUGGCGACGGACUCGCUCCUUUCAUGUACAUAUGAGAGAAAAGAAGUGAAAUUAUAAUAAAAG